AUGCUUCCAAUUUGUCUACAUUUAAUACUAAUUUUAAUUUUAAAAUUUAUAGAAUUACUUCUAAUUGACAGGCUUAGUCUUACUUUAACAGAGCUGGGUGUUCCAUAAGAUGAUUCCUCAAACUUAAAAUAUAUUUAUAUUGACUUUUUAAAUUAUUUAUUAUUUUAAACAUCAAGUUCACCUUACAAGAUUUCUGUAUUAGAUGUCUCUACUAAAUAAAUAAUAAACAGUUUUUCUUCUACACCUUAAUAAGGUUAAUUAAUUGAUAUUACAGACUUCUAAUUUGAUUAUAGCUUAAGCAGCUGCCUAAUGUAUAUGGAUCGUUUAGGAAAUUUUUAUUUAUCUUCAUUAGAUAAAAAUUAUUCUUUUCAAAAUUAUAUCACAAUAAAUGAGUUCAAUGAUCCAAAAAUUAAACUUUAGAAUUUUUAUUAUAAUAAUAUUACAAAUGAUAUUUUUAUUUAUUAUAAUUCCCUUUACUCAUUUGAUCUCAGCAUAUUAGGAUAACCUUAUGAUCCUCAGCUAAAUGAACCAUAUAAUUUAUUUUCCAAAAUAUUUAUUAAUAACUUACAGGUUGACUACUUAAUUUUCAACAAGUAUAAUAACACAAUUUUUAGGUACACUAAAAGUUAUUUAAAAUUUGAGUUAGAUAUAAGUGGUUCUCGAAUGGUAGACAUGCUAUAUAAUCAAGAAUUAGAUAUUUUAGUUAUUGCUUUAGAAGACUCGAUUUUAUUUUAUUAGUAGUAUUAGUUUAGCAAAUUCAAUAAUAUGCUUCCAAAUAUAUACAAGCUUGAUAAUAUUCAUUUCUAGCAAUUUAUUGCUGAUAAUCUUAUACUUACCUAUGACUAACAGAUUUUACAUUUAAAUAUUUAAAAUGGUAUAAUAGCGAAUACAGUUCAGUUUAAUUCAACCUAACUAGUAACUUCUUAUAGUUUAAAUAAGAAACAAGACUUACUCUUAGUAGGAUUUAGUGAUAAAUAAGUUCUACUAUAUAACCUUGUUGACAAAUAAUAAUUUGUAUUUUGGGCAUCUUUUAAAAGCCCUCUUAGCUCUUCUAUAAUAAUCAUUUAGUUUAUAGAAACUGAGUAAGUAGCUUAUGCUGUUUCGAGUGAUGGAACAAUUAUCUAAAUAAAUACCUCUAAUAAAUAAUAAAUUUAAUAAAUAGAUUUAAAAAAUCUAGUCAAUGAAGAUACUAAUGCUACCAUAGUAUAAUUUUUAGUUGACGAGACUUAUAAAAGAUAUAUUUUUUGCUUCUUAGGACAGAAAAAAGCAUAUGUGUGGAAUUACUCAUAAUAAUUGCGAGAAUAAUAUCUAUUUUUACCCUCGAUCCAAGUUAAGAAGUUAAAAAUAGAACAAAAUUAUAUUCUUAUUUCUUGUGCUUUCUAAAUAAAUAUAUUUUAUCUUGACACUUCCAUCCGGUUUUUUACUGUUAUUAAGAAAAAUUUUAUUAAAGAUAAAAUAAUAGACUAUUAUUUUGUUUCAGACAAGGUUAUAGCAAUUUUUUUCAUAGAUAAAUUUGAACUAUUCUUAAUUCAAGGAGAAAAUUUCAACUUGGUUUCCUAGCAGAACUAUUCUUAUCCUAAAAUUUUAGAUUAUCAUUUCGAUUCUUCAAGUAAUUCAGUAAAAAUAAUAGGUAUGCAUUAAAACGGAAUUUUUGAAAAUAACUAUAAUUUAGAUACUUUUUCUUAAGAUUAAAUCUAGGAAUGCACUCUUUUAAUAUCAAAUUCAUAAAUAGCAUAAGUUCAGCAAAGUUUAAAUUCUGUUUAUCCAAAAUAAAUAUAAUCUUAGUCAAUAAAUGGAAUCUUUUUAAUAGAUUAACAAAAUUAUUAAAGCUAUGUCUAUUUAUAAAUAAUUUGUGGUUUCUUCAUAUAACAUUUAGAAUAGUGUUGUACCUCUAUCAAAUGA